AUGCACAACAGCUGGGGGUACAACAGCUCCGUGUCUGAGUUUAUCCUUCUGGGCUUCUCCAGGAACUACCAAACUAAUGUAAUCCUCUUCAGUAUCUUCCUCUUUCUCUACCUCUCCACACUGGUGGGCAAUGGGCUCAUUGUUACUUUGAUCCAACUGGACUCCCACCUCCACACACCAAUGUACUUCUUCCUUUGUGUCCUUUCCAUGCUGGACAUGAGCUAUGUCACCACCACCGUGCCCCAGAUGUUGGUGCAUCUGAUCUGCCAGAAGAAAACUAUCUCCUAUGUUAGGUGUGUGGCCCAGAUGUACAUCUUUCUGGUGCUGGGGAUCACCGAGGGCUGGUUAUUUUCUGUUAUGGCCUAUGAUAGAUAUGUGGCCAUUUGCUAUCCACUCAGGUACAAGGUUAUCAUGAACCCAUGGCUGUGCAAAGCAAUGGUAGUCUUUUGUGGACUAUGGGGUGUCAGCUGUUCCUUAGUCUAUACUGUCUUCACCAUGCGCCUACCCUACUGUGGCCCCAAUGAGGUCAAUCACUUCUUUUGUGAGGUCCCUGCUGUUCUGAAAUUAGCCUGUGCAGACACAUCCCUCAAUGAUCGAGUAGAUUUCAUACUUGGCUUCAUUCUUCUACUGGUACCACUUUCCUUCAUCCUGGCCUCUUAUGUCUGCAUUUUCACCACCAUCUUGAAAAUUCGCUCAACCCAAGGUCGACUCAAGGCCUUCUCUACCUGUGCAUCCCACAUCACUGUGGUCACCAUGUUCUGUGGACCUGCCAUGUUUAUGUACAUGAACCCUGGGGCCAAUGCCUCCCCAGAGAGGGACAAGAAGCUGGCUCUGUUCUACAACGUGAUCUCAGCCUUUCUCAACCCCAUAAUCUAUAGCCUCAGAAACAAAGAUGUGAAGAGGGCUUUCCUCAAAGUGACAGGCUGGGGCAAAUGCCCUGAGUGAAGCCACUGGAACACAGGAUCUGCGGCCCUUCUCCUCCAUUCUCUCUAAUCACAAACAAGUGCACAGGCAAGAAUGAUUAUCUAAUGGUUAAAGGAGAAGGUAUACAAGGGUAGGUACCUGAUGUGGACCUGCUGAUGACUCGAGAA